AUUUGGUGGGGGUAUUCAUGAGUACCUUAUUACUCAUACCUCUUUGCAGUCAGUUCAGUAGAGAGGUCUGAUCUGUUUGUUUCGUGAUUUUAAACGCGUAAUUUGAACGUUUCGUCAUGGCUCAUCCAAAGGCAGCCUUACUUCUGAUUGCUUCUAUGCUGAUAACUUUUUCUGCAGCCCAACUGUCUUUUAAAUCUGGCAACUGUCCGCUUCGAGAUACAAACAGCAAAUGUAUGCCAAGUUGCUCUACCGACUAUCAAUGCAGCGGCGGAGAUAAGUGUUGUCCUAACAAGUGCGGAUUCAAAUCUUGUGUUUCCCCGAGUGCUGUUUCUACCGGAGGUGAUGGUGGUUACAAAGGUUCCAGUGAUUCAGGGGUUUAUUGCGCAGGGGUCAAAUGUGGACGCUAUGAAAAAUGUCAAUUUGAUCGUUCUACCAAACGUGAGAAGUGUGUCCGCACCUAAAAUAACUGAAAAUAACAGCAUGAAAUGAUGACAACGAUACCAGGACCAUCAUGAGCAUAUUGUAUUCAACUAAAACACCUCAAAUCUGUACCAUUCACAACUUAGAUAAUAAUAAAAUCCAACUGUAAGAUCA